AUGGGUAAUAUGUGUAAAUGUUGGGAGGCUAUGAACAACAUGAUAAGGUUGCAACAUAAAAAAAUCAGGGCCUCAUUUCAAAAAAGUUUUUAUGAUGAAGAGCAUGAGCACAAAAAUCCAUUUUAUCAAAGAUUGCAUACAUUUGUAUCAAGAGAAGCUCAAAGACGUAUUGCUGAAGAAUACGACAAAGUUGAGUGGGUGGGUACUGACAAAUCUGUAUGUGGGUGUUCUAUCAGAAGGACAUAUGGGUUACCUUGUGCUUGUGAAUUGGGACAAUAUAAAUUGUUGGGUGAACCAAUUCUUUUAGAUUAUGUGCAUAUUCAAUGGAGAAAAUUAAGUAUGGAAUGGAAACGAGUGUUGAAGAAUAAAGUGUGUGAACUUGCUUUUCCAAGUACAAGUUCAAUGUGUCCACCACCUGAUAAAGUCAAAAUCAAAGGACGAGUGAAGAAGAGUAAGGAUAAGAAAUCAGAUGGAUAUGAUUCAUCAAAGAAGAGACAAACCUCUCAAUCAAAGAAACAACCCUCUCAAUCAUCUCAAUCUUCAAAACAGUUGGUCUUGAGACAAUUUCCUGAUGUUAUUCAGCCAUACAUUGAUGACAUAUUUGAUGUGGCAGCAGAUGGAAAUUGUGGUUGUCGCGCUAUUGCAUUAUUGCUUGGACAUAGUGAAGAGUGUUGGUAUUUGGUACGCAAUAGUUUGGACCAUGAGAUUGCUUCUCAUGUAACUCCAUAUGAUAGACUGUUCACAGGAUGCAUUAGAGAAAUAAGAGAUUCGUUGAAGAUAUCCGGCUUUGGUCUUCAACCCAUGGAUAAAUGGUUGUCCAUACCUGAUAUGGGUUACGUGAUAGCGACAACAUAUAAUAUUAUUCUUGUCACGUUUUGUCAGACAUUUUCGAUGACUUUCUUUCCUAUGAGGGGUUCACAUUCAACAUUGACAAAAAAUGAUCGUAUUUGUUGUAUUGAGUUUGUUAAUGGAAAUCACUGGGUUAUGUUGAAGAUGAAAGAUGGAUUUCCAUUGCCAGAAAUUGCACCAGGUUGGAAGCAAUAUCGCACUGAUGAAGCAACUUCUUGGGCAAUAGCAUAUACAGGGCGUCUACAACACUGUGGGUAUUUAUUAGGUCGAUUGUCACGUGUUACCCAAAAUCCACCUACGGAACCCGUAGAUGCAAUGCCAUUAGACGAACCUUAA